CUUACUGAUAUCGAUUUCAGGGUCACAUGCAGGAGGACAGAAGAAGGAGGAGACGAGCAGGCUAAAAAUAGAGAAAUGAAAAGAGCCCACAGACUGAACACAGACGAUCAGAUUCACCUUCAGACCAAACUGACAACUUCUUCUGAGUGAGUUCAGCUACAGUAGAGAGAAGUGGAAACUACAACACUGCUGCUUCAACCUGUUGACUCAUACACUCAAUAUUCACUUAGAGACAAAAUGGCUUCCAGAUCAGAGGAAGAUCUCUGCUGUCCAGUCUGUCAUGAUGUCUUUAGAGAUCCUAGUCUUCUGUCAUGUAGCCACAGCUUCUGUAGAGACUGUCUGAAGAGGUGGUGGAGAGAGAAACAAACACGGGAGUGUCCAAUUUGUAACAGAAGAUCUUCAAAGGAUGAACCACCUCGUAACCUGGUGUUGAAGAACCUGUGUGAGGCCUUCUUACUGGAGAGAGAUCAGAGAACUUCAGAGGCUCUCUGCUUUCUGCACUCUGAGAAACUCAAACUCUUCUGUCUGGACCAUCAGCAGCCAGUGUGUCUCGUCUGCAGAGAUUCCGAAAAACACUCCAACCACAGAUUCAGACCCAUCGAUGAAGCUGCACGACAACAAAAGAAGAAACUUCAGGAAACUCUGGAGCCCUUAAAGGAGAAGUUAAAGGUUUGUGAACAAGUUAAACUGAAUUUCAGUCAAACAGCAGAACACAUGAAGGUCCAGGCCCAACACACACAGAGGCAGAUUAAGGAGCAGUUUAAGAAGCUUCACCAGUUUCUACAAGAGGAAGAGGAGGCCAGGCUGGUUGCACUGAGGGAGGAAGAGGAGCAGAAGAGUCAGAUGAUGAAGAGGAAGAUAGAGGCUCUGAGCAGAGAGAUAGCAGCUCUUUCAGACACAGUCAGAGCCACAGAGGAGGAGCUGAGAGCUGAAGACGUCUCAUUCCUGAACAACUACAAGGCUGCAGUGGAAAGAGUCCAGCAGCGCCCCCUGCUGGAGGAUCCACAGCUGCCCUCAGGAGCUCUGAUAGACGAGGCCAAACACCUGGGCAACCUGACCUUCAACAUCUGGAACAAGAUGAAGGACAUGGUCUCCUAUACUCCUGUGAUUCUGGAUCCAAACACUGCUCAUCCAUAUCUCAUCCUGUCUAAAGAUCUGACCACUGUGAGACAUGGAGAAGAACAGCAAUUUCCUGGCAAUCCAGAGAGGUUUAAUAAAUUCUGCUCCAUCCUGGGCUCUAAAGGCUUCAACUCAGGGACUCACAGCUGGGAUGUCGAUGUUAGAGACAGUACAGUCUGGUUUCUGGGUGUAUUAUCAGAGUCUGUCCAGAGGAAGGGAGACGAACUGUCUGGAUUAUGGGUAAUGGGUUUCUAUGAAGGUAAAUAUUAUGCACGGUCACUCCCAGCUCCAUCCACAAAUCUCAGAGUGCAGAAGAAGCUCCAGAGGAUCAGAGUGAAUCUGGACUGGAUCAGAGGACAGCUGUCGUUCUCUGAUCCUGAUACUAACACACACAUACACACCUUCACACACACUUUCACUGAGAGGAUGUUUCCAUAUAUUCUCACUCGGGAUAAAGUCUCAGUGAAGAUAUUACCAGCGAAGGUCAGUGUGACAGUGGAACGCAGCAGUUAGAUAAAGAAGAUGAUUAUAUUCAUAUAGUUUAUUUCUUAAAGGGAAACUGAAUUUAACCUGUGUUAUUAGUUCAAAGACAUGUAUUUGUUUUUCAGUUAUUGUUUUUAUUUUAUUUUUCUUUACUUUGACAGUUUGCAUUUUGUCUCUAUUAUCGACCUUUUCAGAUGUAAUAUUAUAGUUUAAAAUUCAAACUAAUUAAACUGUUGGUGUCCACGAUAAAGACGAGUAGUGAGUGAGAGAGAUUGAUUUCAGUCCAAUGCGCAAAACACUGAAACUAAACUACAAAUGAUUUUAUUCUCACUGGAAUAAGUUUACCUUCAAUGUUUAAUGAACCAUAUGCAAAAAAACUCAACAAUUUUUAGCAUUUUUCACUUUUUCCCACAAUUUCAUUGCAAAACAAAACUCGUAAAAACACCACAACAUGCUGGGAAAUUAGGCCCAAAACAAAAGGGAUAGGCUAUUCAGGUGUGUGUGUGUGUGUUUGUGUGUGUGUGUGUGUGUGUGUGUGUGUGCGAUGUUUACUUGGCGACACGCUGGCUGAGGCUCAGGUAACAGAGGUUUGUUCUCAGCUGUUUGUUCUCCUGCUGACGGAGGAAUUCGGCUUCUUGCUGCCGCUCGACGUCGAGACGCACAGACUCCCGAAGCUCCGCCUCAAUACGACCCAACUGAAGCACACACACACACACACACACACACACACACACACACACACACACUGACUAACAAAUAUUGUGUUUGUGCCAUAGAGCUCCAUUGUUGAUAGAUUGAUGACUAAUAAAAAACAUCAAUGAACACA